UCUAACGACGGGGAGCGCGGCCCUUGUACGCAUGCGCGCUUCACCAAAAACACGACGACGCGUGUAAACAGCCGUUGAGACAUUUAAACCUCCAGCUGUCAGGCAGACGCGGAGCGACCACACCGCAGGACGUCUUCAAAGCGUCGGACUCUGAGCUACUAUGCAGCAUGACCCCACGAGGACAUCGCCUGUGUCCUUCCCCCGCGCGAGAAGACCGUCCCCUCGGAACUUUGCCGAAACGCUGCCGACAGAGAUGAGCGUGAAGAUCUUCGCUGAGCUGGACGCAGAGAGUCUGUGCAGCGCCUCGCGGACCUGCAAACUGUGGCAUCACAUUAUCGAGGAGAGCGAGCAGCUGUGGAGGAGGCAGUGUCUGCUGGUAAGGGCCGCCUGUCGGAGGGAGGUGGACAGCGACAGGAGAGACGGCCUGUCCUGGAAGGUGACGCUGGUGAGGAACUACACCCGGAGCUGUCUGACGAGAGACUGGCUGCGGGGACGAUACAGCCACGUGAGGUCGGCGGAGGAGCUGGCCGGCCAGAAGAUGACGCCGCUGGACGCUGAGACCUGGGGAGAGAUCCUGCAGGCCGAGCUGGACAGAUGACCGACGGCGACAUUUAGGAUUUUAUCCAAAGCAGACUGAUUUUUAACUCUAAUGUAUAUCUUAUACUUUGUGUUUUAUGAGAAUAAGCACAAACACCUGUACAUAUUUUAAGAAAAGUUUUUAAGAAAAACAGGAUCGUGGAGCUGGAACAAGUGAGAUAGAAAUUAUUAGCAUAAUUAUCUGGAAUGAAUUGUUACUAUUGAACAGUUUCAUUGCUUUGAUGUAAAUAUGGCUGAGAUGCAUUAAAUCACAUCAUUGGGAAGCUCAUAACCUAGUUUUCACUGACGAAAUGUCAGAGAGGAGUGAACGUCAUAUUUCCUCCCUCACACUUUUCCUUUUGAUGGUGGCGGAGAACUGCAGGGCUUUACAUUGUAAAGUGCUUCUCUUCUUGUGUCCACCUAUGGUCUCACAAGCUACUGGUCUCUUUACGUUAGAAGAAGUUAUAGAAAUACGUACGUCAGUGAAGCUAAACAUGUAUCUAAAGUAAAAACACAGGUCAGGUGAAAACGUCAUAUUUUAUAAGUCAGGGUUGUUGAAUAUGUUGAGAUUAGCUGAUAAAAGAAGACAAAAGGGAACGUGAUGAGAAAAAGCACAAAAAGAAAGAAGUGAAGACAGAUGAUCUUAACAACUUUAUCAAGUUUUGAAUGUAAAAUCUUGUUUUAAAAAAAAAAAAAGUAACCGCAGCUUUCAA